GGAAAGAAAGCAUUUUCCAUUUAGGAAUACUAUAGAUAUACUUGAAAACAACGAAUCAAUCACGCAAAAAGUAGCAUAUAAAAGAAGACAAAGAUAUAUUCCAUUUUUGAAUUGAAUAUUUCCUUUUUUGGACCCAACUAAUCACUUCCAAACGCGUGUCUAUAAAAAACGAAACCCUCAUUCUCACUCUCUUCAUCAUCACCACUACCCUCUCUCAUCAAACAAACCUUCUAGAUCCGCCAUGGCUUCCUCUAACCAAAACUUCGUCUACAUCGCCAAACUCGCUGAACAAGCCGAACGCUACGAAGAAAUGGUUGAUGCGAUGAAGAACGUUGCUAAGCUUGAUGUUGAAUUGACUGUUGAAGAGAGAAAUCUGUUGUCAGUUGCUUAUAAGAAUGUUGUUGGAGCACGUAGAGCUUCUUGGAGGAUUCUUUCCUCAAUUGAACAAAAAGAAGAAGGGAAAGGAAAUGAAGCGAAUGUGAAUCGGAUUAAGGAGUAUAGGAAAAAAGUUGAAUCUGAGUUGUCUGAUAUUUGUACUGAUAUCAUGACUGUUAUUGAUACUCAUCUCAUUCCUCAUUCUUCUGGUGAAUCUAAUGUGUUUUACUACAAAAUGAAAGGCGACUAUUACCGUUAUUUGGCUGAGUUUAAGAGUGGGGAUGACAGGAAGGAGGCCGCUGAUCAGUCAUUGAAAGCAUAUCAGGAAGCUUCUACUGCUGCAGAGACUGAGUUACCUCCCACACAUCCCGUCCGACUGGGUUUGGCUUUGAACUUCUCUGUCUUCUAUUAUGAAAUCUUGAACUCUCCAGAAAGGGCCUGUCACCUUGCCAAGCAAGCAUUUGAUGUAGCAAUCUCUGAGUUGGAUUCCCUCAAUGAGGAAUCUUACAAAGACAGCACACUGAUCAUGCAGCUUUUGAGGGACAACCUCACAUUGUGGACUUCUGACAUUCCUGAGGAUGGAGCUGAUGAACAAAAGGCGGAGUCUGCUCGAGCACCUGCAGGAGAUAAUGCAGAGUAAAGUGAUGCAGACUUUACUAUGGGUUUGUGGUGUGAAUAUGAAAGACUACUCUAUGCAAGUUCCGGUGGUUUUCUAUUUCCAUGUUUUCUAGUUGUAGGAAGUUUAUAGUUCACCGUUAGGAUGUUUUAAUUGAAGAAUAGUAAGUCAGUCUCUCGGAAAAUUAUAAAUCUCGGGGCUCACUUUGUUUGACAAUGUAAUGCAGCAUCUCAAAUGCUGGUUUAGGUUCUGUUUUAGCUACUGGAAACAUAUAUCCAUGGUUGGCUGUAAUUUCAUUGGUUAAAAUGAUGUUGUGUUAGAUUAUUUCAUCGCUUUACAAUUUAUUUUAAA